AUGCACAACGGCCGCGCACGUCGCAAAAACGGCAGCAUUAGAGCCUCGAAAGCAGGCCAGCGCCGCAACAUGUCUCACCUCAUUCCCGAUCAAGUCCCCUUAGCUCGUCCCAAAACAGUGACAGUUAGCGAUGAUAGUCCUGAUAUCUCCGAUGCCGCCUCGAACACGUCGGCGACGACUGUUAUCACCAAUACCUCCAGCCCCUCUGCCUCGUCUCCCACCAACGGUGUCGACUCCGUGAAGAAAGCCAUGGCUCGGAAGGCUUCGUCGCCCAUGGCGCCCCCUUUCAUGGUGUCUGCGCCGGGCAAGGUCAUCGUCUUCGGCGAACAUGCCGUCGUGCACGGCAAGGCUGCCAUGGCCGCCGCCAUCUCUCUCCGCUCCUACUUCCUCGUUACCACCUUGUCCAAAUCACAGCGCAUCAUCACCUUGAAUCUCAGGGACAUGGAUUUCAACCACACAUGGAACAUUGAUGAUCUGCCUUGGGACCUCUUCAAGCAGUCGUCCAAGAAGAAAUACUAUUACGACUUGGUGACAACCCUCGAUGAAGAACUAUACAACUCACUACGACCAUGUGUGGAAGAUGUUUCGCCCAAUGCACCGGAAGAGUUGCGGAAAAAACACAAAGGGUCAGCGUUGGCAUUCUUAUACCUAUUCUGCUCCCUGGGUUCCCCUCAGAAUCCUGGAGCCAUAUACACAUUGCGCUCUACCAUUCCCAUGGCCGCAGGUCUUGGAAGCAGUGCCAGUGUCUGUACCUGCUUCAGUGCUGCAUUGCUUCUACAGAUCCGCACUCUAGCAGGUCCUCAUGACGACCAACCGCCCGAUGAGGCGGAGCUGCAGAUAGAGCGAAUCAACAGAUGGGCCUUUGUCGGAGAAUUGUGUAUACAUGGGAACCCCAGUGGUGUGGACAAUACGGUCUCUACGGGCGGCAAGGCUGUGAUUUUCAGAAGGGAGGACUACUCGAAACCCCCGAAGGUCGUGCCGCUGCCGAACUUUCCUGAGUUGCCCCUCCUGCUGGUCGACACACGACAGAGCCGCUCGACUGCGGUUGAAGUUGCCAAAGUAGGGAAGCUCAAAAAGGAGCACCCUCUCGUUACCGGAACUAUCCUCGAUGCGAUUGACAAGGUCACCCUGUCCGCGCAGGAGGCGAUUCAAGGGACUGAUGGGAAGAGCAUCGAUAAUGAAACCCUCGAACAGAUCGGAACGCUGGUUCGUGUAAACCACGGGUUCCUCGUGUCCCUGGGGGUGUCCCAUCCGCGACUGGAGCGAAUUCGGGAAUUGGUCGACUUUGCGGAUAUCGGUUGGACAAAGCUUACUGGUGCGGGCGGCGGUGGUUGUGCGAUCACCCUUCUGCGCCCGGAUGCCAGCGAGGAGGCACUCCGCAAACUCGAAGGCCAGCUCGCCGAGGAGAACUUCCAGAAAUAUGAGACAACCUUGGGUGGAGACGGUGUUGGAAUUCUCUGGCCAGCGGUGCUACGUAAUGGCUCUGACGAAGAGGGCGGCGAGGAGAUCGACCAACAAAAGUUCGAGAACGCCGACGGCCCCGAAGGCAUCGAGCGUCUCGUUGGCGUCGGCGCGCAAGAAAGACGGGAAGGCUGGAAGUUCUGGAAACGAGCCGUUUGA